AUGUCUUUAGAAGCUAAACCAUAUUACAAGCAUUUCCCCAAAAAGCAUAAUGAUAAGAGAUCAGCUGGUAUCAUCACGGCUCCAUUCAGUGGCGGCCAAGCUAAAUCAGGUGUUGAAAACGGUCCAAAAUAUUUACUAAAGCACGGUCUACAACAGCAGUUGGACGAUUUGGGUUGGGAAACAUCGAUUGAAGAACCAUUGAAAAACACAGAUUUUGAAGAAAGAAAACUCGCCUCUACCAAGGCUUCAAGUAAUGGUAAAGUUAAAAGAGCUGAUUUAGUUGGUGAAGCUACCAAAUUGGUUUAUGAAUCGUGUAAAAAAGUAUCCAACGAUGAAAACAAGUUCCAAAUCACAUUGGGAGGUGAUCAUUCUAUUGCUAUUGGUUCUAUUCAUGCUGUUUUAGAAAAAUAUCCUGAUGCUGGUAUAUUGUGGAUUGAUGCCCAUGCUGACAUAAACACUCCAUCAACCACCGACUCUGGUAACCUGCAUGGUUGUCCAGUCUCGUUUUUAUUGGGUUUGGAUCGUGAAAAUUGUCCUGAAGAACUAAAAUGGGUUAAACCAGGCAUUUUGAAGCCAAACAAAAUUGCUUAUAUAGGUUUAAGAGAUGUCGAUGAUGGUGAGCGUAAAAUAUUGCGUGAUUUAAACAUUUCCUGUUUCAGUAUGCACCACGUAGAUAGAUUUGGUAUCAAUAAGGUUGUCGAGAUGGCUCUUGAUAAGGUCACAGGUGGCGAAAAAGAUUGCCCUGUCAUGGUUAGUUAUGACGUUGAUGGUAUUGAUCCAUUAUUUGUUCCAGCUACUGGCACACCAGUAAGAGGCGGAUUAACUUUAAGAGAGGGACUGUUUAUUUGUGAAAGAGUUGCUGAAAGCGGUAACCUAGUUGCCUUGGACGUUGUUGAAUGUAACCCAGAACUAGCUAGUCAUGAUUUGCAUGUAGUUGAUACCAUUAGCGCAGGUUGCGCCAUAGUCAGAUGUACACUUGGUGAGACUUUGUUAUGA